AUGGAGCUUCAAGGGGCAAUCCUGGGAGAAGUUUCCUAUGGGUUUUGUUUAAGAAAUUCAGAUGGAAAUUUGAUUUAUGCUCAAGCAGAGGAUAUAGGAAUAGCUACCAAUACAGAAGCAGAGGUUAGAGGAGUUCUACAGGCUGUGAGGUAUUGCAAAAAUGUUCAGAUGGAUCAUAUUAUCAUGCAAACAGACUCACAGCUAAUACACAGAGUGCUUCUAGAAGAUUGGAAGCCAUCUUGGAAAAUUUCUCAAUGGGUAGAGGAGAUACAAGAAUUGGAGACAGGAAUGGACAUCAUCUAUACACAUAUAUUGAGGGAAGGGAACAAAUUGGCUAAUGCAUUGGCAAAUCAGGCUCUUGAUAUUGGCUCAUUUCAUUGCCAAACAUUUCAAUAA